AUGGCUUCUCCCGAUGCGAAGGACCGGUUACAACCAGCCGGGUUACUUGAGAUCCCCGUUGACGAUAAUUGGCUGGGCGAGCCAGAUUUCGAAGCUGACUUGGGUCCAAACGAUGAACAACAAAAUGAGCAGCUUGAUAUUGCCCAUCACAUGUUCUCUCUAUUGCUAGGCGGAAAACUGCUUCUUGCGCCGGUCAACAAAGACACUCAGACGUUGGGACUGGUACUGGUUCGGGACUUUGCCGACGAGUAUCCUUCUGCCGAAGUCACAGGCACCGAUUUGUCGCCCAUCCAGCCAUCCUUUGUUCCACCAAAUGUUAGUUUCGAAAUCGAGGAUGCCACGGAAGAAUGGACUUAUCCGCCAAACCAUUUCGACCUAAUCCAUACACGCGCGCUAUAUGGGGCUAUUGCCGAUUGGCCUGAGUUCUACAAGAGAGUUCUAUCGCAUCUAAAACCCGGCGGCUGGUUUGACCAACUAGAAAUGUCAAUCCAGUUUCAAUCCGAUGACGGGAGCGUCAAGGACGACCAUAUACUCUCCAUUUGGUCCAGAACAUUCACCGAAAUCGGAGAAAAGCUCGGAAAGACAUUCCGAAUCGCAGAGCUGGCCAAGGGAUAUAUGGAAGAAGCGGGCUUUGAGGAAGUUACCGAAGUGAAAUUUAAACUUCCUGUCGGGGGGUGGAACAGUGAUAAGCAUUUGAAGGACCUUGGCCGGUGGAACCUAAUCCAUUGUGAGCAAGGCAUCGAAGGAUGGGCGAUGGCCCUCCUAACGAGGGUGUUGAAGUGGUCCUUUGACGAAGUCAUGACUUUCCUUGCUCAGAUGAGAGUUGGGCUCCGAGAUCCCAAGGCGCAUGCGUACUUCAAUGUGUGGGUGCUUCCAAUAUCUAUUUCAUCCGUUGGUACUAUCCUUAUCGGCUAA